AUGAAGAAUGUGUGCUUUGAAAAGUCCUUGAAAGUGUUUCUCUGUUUCCCUGAUGUUGUAUUGUUUUGGUUGGUUGGUUUUAGGACUACUGACGAUCUGACUCCUUUACAUAUUGCUGCAUCUUGGGGCUGUUUUCAGAAUCUCCGAUUACUCUUAAGGAACGGCGGAAACCCAAACCUCACAGAUCAAGAUGGGAAUAAGCCAUCUGAUCUGGCAGAGCAGGAGGAGAACAGUAAAUGUGCUAGUCUUCUUCAAGAGUAUGAAUUCCAUACAUCCAAAGAGGAGCAAGACAUGCCCAAAUUCCAGUAUUCAAUCCUCUCUGGAGAGUCCAUGAGUGACAGUUCGUUCAGUCCAGAAGCUUCAAUGCUUAUUCCCCCUGGAGCAGAGCCAUUGAGCAGCACACGCCUGUCCUCUUUUCCCAGCACUUGUAGAGUCAGUGGAAAACCUUUGAACAGAGAGAGUCAGGCCUUCUGGCUCUCAGAUAUGUCAGAUCUCGAGUCACAUGAUUCUCAUGUUUGGAAUAAAGAUGAAAUGUGUAAGGAAUUACCGAUGCUGUCUAGUACUUGUCUCUCUGCUGUGGACAAUAAGAUCAGUCCAGGGGUGGUGUCGACAUAUCAGCAUCAAGCCGCAGAUAGUGACUGUGAUGUUUUGCAGACUCACAAUAUCCCUGUUUUGUCUCAACGGGAAAACCGGAGGAGUGUCACCUUCAAGGGAAGUAUUGAUUAUUUACCUGUUAUCAGCCCAGAUGAUCAUCGGCAGUUCUUUCUCGAUCAGUCGAGUGAUCUUACAUCGGACCUUUCUCAAUAUCCAGAUUUCCUAGACACUAAGCGUAUGGCAACUGUGUUACAGAGUCAGGGAAUAGAUGUCACGUGUCCUGAUGAUGUAUUCAUUUUUUCCAAAGAAGUUGACACGAUGGAAGAUGAAUUUGAUAAGACUGUUGUGGGGCCUGUACAACUUGAGGAUGAGGAUGAUGAUGAUGAAUUUAAGAGCAUUAUUCAGCCCCACAUCAGCAGUGGAUCCAGCGCGUACAACAGCUGUGGCAGUGACCCGUGCCUGAGCCCCAGCACUGAAAACAGUGCAAGUCCACCUUUGACCGAACCCUGUACCCACAAAUCAGAUUUGACUGUAGAGCAGUGUGGCUUCAGAGUUCGAAAUCAAAGUCUUACUUCUGUUGGUGAUGGAAAGCUGAAAGAAGGAGUCAGGAGACAUAUUGAACAAUCAAAUUUAUCUGCAACUGGCCGAGAUGCUGGUAAGGUUGAGGUGACCAAUACUGAAACUGAUUGUAUUCCAAGUCCAUUUGUCACUGGGAGAACAAGGUCCAGAUUGAGUCGUCAUUCGGAGAGAAUGAGCCAAAAAUUGGCUUCCUUUCAAGCCAGCUCUUGCCUCUUUGAACAGACGCUACCCACCGCUAUCCGAUUGCGCCGCAACACGGUUAAGUCGCCUUAUGGUACGUCAAAGCACAGUCUCGAUAAGGACAAAAUGGAGGAUGUUGACUCCCAGUUGAGCUCUCUCAAGUUAUCUGUAAGCUCAGAUGGUCAAAGCCAAGCGGACACACUAAUCUUAUCGGACAGCAUGGCUGACACGGUGUUAAUUUCUGAAAGGAUUGUUGAAUCACAGUUGGAAACGAGUGUCAGUGAGGCUGGUAAUAAGGUAACCACUCCUGAAUGCUUGACUGGUAUGCAAGAAGUGAAGAAAACUGCAAAAGGGAUGCCACAGAUCAUCCCUACUGCUGUCGGAGACAAAGUGUCCAGUGUUACGUGUGGACUUGCCUCUCAAGUGUCUUUGCCAUUUCAGAUAGACAACUCAGAAUCUGCCUCCAGCUUGAUGUAUGAAUCCCCAAAAGCACAGAAGAAUCCAGGUGCUAAUCCAGGGUGCUCUGGCUGUACUCCUCGGUAUAGCAUGAGCCGACUGUCGGGCCGCUCGCGACAGGCACUGGCAAACCUUUCUUGCACAUCUGCUGGAAAGCCCUUAACUACUGAUACGGAUGAGCCUGUGGAAUACCUUUACACUGACACUGAAGAGGGCCAUGAGCUCAUUGAGACCCAUGUUCCCCCAACGGCCAAUACCUCCUUCAGCUCUAGCAUAAGCACCAAUAGCUCUGAGGACACACUGCUGUAUGAUUGGCGCUCCCUUCAGCUCGGGUCUACAAGUCCAGACCGCAGCACAGAAAGCUAUCGUCCCAAACAGGAGAGUGAUGUUGGAGUAAGUGGCCUAACUGACAAGGACCUCAGAAGCAAGUUAAUUGAACUGGGAGAAUAUCCAGGACCCAUAAACAGUCAAACCCGCCCACUGUACAUACAGAAGUUGAAGAGAUCCCUUCAGAAUACGCCACACAGCCAGAAAUCGGUCGCAGUGAGCCCCAGUGCUGCAGGUUACAGCCCAGAACUUGAAAAUGUGCUUCACAGAUUCGUACUUCCUAAUUGUCAAGCAGAUGAGCUCGCUCUGUGUGAGCAGUUUGAUAAGCCAGAUCAGAAUAAGAGAUGGCGUGAGGGUUUCAUUAAAUCCAGCUUUAACUACCUGCUGCUUGACCCACGGGUGACGAAGAAUCUACCAUAUCGAAGUCAGUCCAUGAAUCCUAAAGAAUGUUUUCAGACGUUCAUCAGUGCUGUUUUCUAUGUUGGAAAGGGCAAGCGUUCUAGACCUUACAGUCACCUCUAUGAAGCUCUGGAAUAUUUCAAAGGAGAUAAGACCUCCAAGGCAGCUGUGUUUUCCCGUCUCUGGAAUGCAAACUGCUGGCAGUGGGAUAUUAUAUAAUAUUCCAGUCCCGAA